UACAGGGGGAAUUUGCCAGAGACUGCGGACACAGUACAAGGGGGAUGGCCAGAGACUGCGGACCCACAGUGCAGGAGAUUGACCAGAGACUGCGGACAAACAGUACAGGAGAUGACCAGAGUGACUGCGGACACAGUACAGGAGGAUGACCAGGAGACUGCGGACACAGUACAGGGAAUGACCAAGACUGCGGACACAGUACAGGGAAUGACUAGAGACUGCGGACACAGGGAUGACCAGAGACUGCAGACAAAGCAAAGAGAUUAUCAGAUAGACUGCGGACCUUUGGGGAGGAGGGGGAACGGAGUA